AUGAAUGGGAUUCAGUUAAUUCAUAUUUAUAAAAAGAUUCAGAAUAAACUGGGGCUGUUUGUAGAUUUUAAUCCUGAGGAGAUGCUGCUGGGUGCAGAGGAAGGUGGCGAUGAUGGGGACCUAGAAGCGGAGCUGGCAGCUAUCACUGGAGUGAAGGCGACAGAAGGGAAGACAAAAACAAAAGGGAAAACUCCUCUGCCCAUGGAUCAUAUUGAAAAGAUGGCAGCAGAGUGUAUGAAGGACCUGAAUGAAGAUGAUGAAGAAACAGAGGAUGAUGACUUGGAGAAAGAUACAGACCUGUUGGCAGAAUUGCAAGAAGUUCUUGGGGAGGAAGGUGAGAUGGCAAGCUGUGAGGAUGAAGCAAUUGCAAUGGACUCAUCCACAGUUCAGCCAGAAAAUGAGCAGCCUGAAAUGCAGUCACAGACCCCCUCACUUCCUGCUGUUACCAGCGAACUGCAGCAGACAAUAGAAUGUAGAAUUGCUAACUAUAGGACGGCAAUUUCUAAUGCAAAGGAGUCGGGCGAGAGUGCUAAAACACGCCGAUAUGAAAGAGGCCUUAAGACACUGGAAACAAUGCUGGCUGCAGUGAAGAAAGGCAAAAAAGUCAGUGAGGAAGAAAUUCCACCUCCUGUUGCAACAGGGAAGAGUGCUUCUCAGGUACCUCAACCCACAGGAGCUGAACUAGAAAACUUAGGUGAUUCAGCCAGUGUCCCAGAAGAGAAGGGAGUGGAGUCUGCUGCAGAGCAUGAGCAGAAACCCUCGCAUGAUGCAGAGCAGCAUCUGGAGCUGGAGUCUCUACAGAGUCAUGCUGCUUCGAGUUCUACUGUGGAAACAGAUCUUCAGAGCAGCAGCACACGGGUACUACUACUUAUGAGGCAGAAGGAGUAUAAAGUAGCAGCUCUCAAAGCCAAGCAACGAGGGGACCUGGAGAAAGCAAAGGAGUAUAUGAAGACAGGCAAGAAAUUUAAUGUGGUCCUAGAAGCUUUGGACAGUGGGGAGCCAAUAGACCUCCAGAAUUUGCCACCAUCUCCCCAAGAUCUUGAAAACGUACAAGCUACAUCUAAGCAGAGGAUACGAACUCCUAUGGGAAGUUCCCAGGAUCUUACAACACCCGGACCUCAGACCGAGGACAGUUCAGCUUACCUGCAGCCAAAAACAGUGCUGGAAGCAUUGCAACAAAGGCUUGAGAAGUACAAGUCAGCAGCAGCCCAGGCUAAAGCAAGUGGAGAUGAUCGGAAAGGCAGGAUGCACGAGAGGAUAGCCAAGCAAUACCAAGAUGCUAUAAGAGCCCAUAAAGCAGGGAGAAAAGUGGAUUUUUCUGAGCUACCUGUUCCUCCUGGAUUUCCCCCUAUUCCUGGUGUUGCAACAACGGAUGGUAACAGCACAAUAGCUGCCGUUUUGGAAAGUGCCAGCCAGCUGGCAAACAUGGAGGAGAACGAGGAAGAAGAGGAGAAUGAAUCUCUGACACAGGCCCCAGUUGCCAAGAAGCCUGCUCAGCUGCCUGGAAAGUCAACACAAGUUGUUAAGCCCUUUACAGUGCCAUCUGCUGCAGCCGAGGAGGAAAGCUCUCCUGAGCAUGUGAAAAAAUCCCCAACACCUUCCAUCCCAGACAAGGCAGUGUCAGAGGAUCAUCUCCCUUCAUCUGCUAGAGAACAGCUGGACUUUCUGGAGAACAGAAAGAAGCAAUACAUGAAGGCAGCCGUCAAAGCAAAGAAGGCAAACAACCUUGAGCAGGCUAAAAUAUAUCUCAGAAUAGCGAAGAGCUUUGACCCAAAGAUUGAGCAAGCAAAAUGUGGCAAACCUGUUGAUAUUUCCAAGCUGCCAUCACCCCCUACAGAUGAUGAGGGUGAUUUUAUCUUCAUUCACCAUGAAGACAUCAGGCUGUCCCAGAAAGCAGAUGAAGUAUACACCCAACUCAUAAAACUGCUGAAGGACCAAUAUGAGAGGUGCCUGCAGUAUUCCAAGCAGUUCAUGCAUCUGGGAAAUGUGACAGAAACGAGUCGGUUUGAAAAACUGGCACAAGGUUGUAAAAAGGACAUGGACAUCCUACAGCUUGCACGAGCACAAGGAAUGGAUCCUCCAAGCCAUCACUUCGAGGAAAGAACCUUUAAAAUGAUAAGGAUAUUUUCUGAGCUCAACAGCACAGAAAUGCACCUUCUUAUUGUGAGGGGAAUAAACUUACCAGCUCCUCCAGGUGUGACCCCGAGCGAUUUGGAUGCAUUUGUGAAGUUUGAAUUUCAGUACCCGAAUGUGGAGCAAGCUCAGAAGAGCAAAACAGCUGUAAUUAAAAAUACCAAUUCUCCAGAGUAUAACCAGUUAUUCAAGCUGAACAUCAACCGAAAUCAUAGAGGUUUCCGACGAGUGAUUCAGACCAAAGGAAUUAAAUUUGAAAUAUUUCAUAAAGGGUCCUUUUUCAGAAGUGACAAGCAGGUGGGGACAGCGCACUUGAAACUGGACAAGCUGGAGUCAGAAUGUGAAGUCAGAGAGAUCAUCGAGAUUUUUGAUGGCAGAAAGCCGACUGGAGGGAAACUGGAGGUGAAAGUGAGACUCAGGGAGCCCCUCAGUGGUCAAGAUCUUCAGACAAUUACAGAAAACUGGCUGGUCCUUGAACAUUAGUUCCUGUCUGAGGAACAUAAUGGAUGCAGGAUGAAUAUUGUACGCAGAAAGAAGCUGCUAGCUGCAAGCACCAAAGAUGUUAAAUGAAUGCACUACUGAACCUAAUGUCUAUUUUGGUAACAGCCAUAGUGCUUAUUAAUAACUUUCUAAGGCAAAUGUAAGGCUCGGGAAGUUUGCUACUGCAGGGGAAUGUUACUAGUCUACACAAAAUAGAACUGCCUUAAUGUGGGACUAUUAACGUAGCAGCAGGGUGAAUGUUACAUGGACUAUGCACAGUGGAGUGUGAAAGG